AUUAGUAUGCGCCAGCAAGGACUGAUGUCAUUUGAAGGGUUUGCAAGGUUUCUGAUGGAUAAAGAUAAUUUUGCUUCAAGAAAUGAUGAGUCUCAGAUAAAUCUAGAUGAUCUGCACUUCCCCCUAUCAUAUUAUUUUAUUGAAUCUUCUCACAAUACAUAUCUUACUGGACACCAGCUGAAAGGGGAGUCUUCUGUAGAGCUGUACAGUCAGGUUCUUUUACAAGGCUGCAGAAGUGUGGAAUUGGACUGCUGGGAUGGGGAUGAUGGCAUGCCGAUUAUAUAUCAUGGACACACACUAACA